AUGCUUACGAAUAGAACGAGAAUUGGGUCCUUGGUUCAAUAUUAUGGAAAAUGUGUACGCUUUAGGAAGGUUCACACACGACGUGGGGAAUUAUAUAAUAAAUGCUAUCGUCUUCUUGGAGUUGAUGAACAAUCCGAUCAGAACACUGUCCGUAACGCUUACAUAACAUUGGUGAAAAAACUGCAUCCAGACAGCGGCCAUCCGGAGGCAAGCGCUGAACGUUUCCAGGAAGUCGACACUGCGUUUCGCAUACUGCAAGAAAAGUUUGCCAAAGCUCGCCGAGGCAUCGUAGAAGACCUGCAGGAACAGGUGAAGGUGUACGAUAUAAAACACACGGCACCACAGCACCGUCAAUACCUCAGCUUCGAAGGUGUCGGAUUCGGUACGCCCGCACAGCGCCAAAAGCAAUACCAAGCAGUUCGUGCAGCCAAAGCGCAGGAACGCGUCCUGGAGCAUCGGCUCUCGAAAGCACAAGCAUCAGAGACGGCCCUCAUGAAGAAGGGCGACUACUUUAAGAAGCACGAAAUCAAGACCAAAUAUGGUUACGAUCGAGUGGUCGAGGAUCUCAUCCAGGAAGCGAUGUCGCGGGGUGACUUUAGCAAUCUGUCCGGCUUCGGUAAACCGCUGCCCGAUCAUCAGUCACAGAACCCGUACGUUGACUUCACCACGCACAAGAUGAACAAAAUAAUGCUCGACAAUGGGUUCACGCCGGAGUGGAUAACGUUGCACAAGGAUAUUCGGCAGGCGGUUGAAACGCUCAAGCAGGACCUCCGGCGAGGAAGAGUAAAACUUGGUCCCUUGCCGCUUGGCGUACAGGAGGAACAACAGUGGGAAAAAUGGAUCGAACAGCAGCAGGAUGAAGCGUUAAAGAUAAACAAAAUGAUCGAUAAAUUUAAUCUUAUUGUGCCGAUGAUGAACAAGCAAAUGGUUCGACUGAAUCUGGAGCGGCUCGGGAAUGAUGUGCUUGCAAACGGUCCAUAUCGUGAAGGGCCGCAGGACGAAAAGCACAGUAACGUAGCGAAAGUGCGACCGAACGAUACCACCACAAGUAGGUCAAGUAUUUUAGGUUUUAUUGGUUCAUUGUUUGGUUGA